UUAAUUCACAACAUGUUAUCUGGUGGAACUUCAUACAGCGAAGUGAAGACUGUUCAAACUUUAAACCCAACAACGGCAGAAAUAAAUUCCUCUUUAUUUGGACAGAACCAGGCCGUCUGCCUCGCCUGGUUGGGGUGAGACUGAAACAUAAAAACAGAAUAAAGACGUCUGGAGGUGGAUGAGGUCAGUAGAAGCACAUCAGAAACAUGCAGCUUCACAUCCAGAGAUGUGAAGAAACGUGGGAGUUUAGGAGAAGAUGGUCUUCAGUCCAAACAACAGGGAAGCAUCCGAACCAUUUGGUUUCUACGUCUCCAUUCAGACAUCAGGUCAACACAACUAGAACUACUAAUCAAAUAAAAACUCCUUAUAAAACUCCCAGAUGCUGCAGCAGAUGGACCAAAUAAAACCCGACUGUCUGCAUGACUUUUUACAAUCAGAGGUAAAAGAAAGAAGACAGACUGCAAUAAAUUCAUUCUGGAAAAUGGGUCCAACAUGGAAAAUAUCUGGGUUCAAGAGAAUCCAGAAGAAGAAAAAGCCUGAUUAUUUCUUUAUUCCUGAUGAAUCUCAGUCAGAUUAAAGAAAUGAUGCUGAGACGAGAAGAGCUUCUAAUAAACAUUUAAAGAAUCCUCUGAAAGCAUUGGAUGUGAGCUGAGGGGGAAUGGGAGGGAUCGGAGGGAUGGGGGGAGGAGGAGGAGGAGGAGGACAGAUGGACGGAGGGAGAAAGAAGAAAGCAGCCGAUCAGACAGACGACAGGAGACGUUGGCUGAAACAAUCAAAACCCCACAAGGAAAAAUGCCGAAUUUUACGGGAACCUGGAAAAUGAAGAGCAGCGAGAACUUUGAUGAGCUCCUCAAAGCUCUGGGUGUGAAUGCCAUGCUGAGGAAGGUAGCAGGAGCAGCUGCAUCGAAGCCUCAUGUGGAGAUAAAACAGAACGGAGAGCAUUUCUACAUCAAGACCUCCACCACCGUCCGAACCACCGAGAUCAGCUUCCUGAUCGGUGAGGAGUUCAGCGAGGAGACAGUGGAUGGCAGGAAGUGUAAGAGUUUGGCCACUUGGGAAACAGAAAACAAGAUUUACUGCAAACAGACUCUGGUGAGCGGGAACGGCCCGAAGACCUUCUGGAGCCGAGAACUCCGAGGAGAUGAACUCAUACUGAUCUUCGGAGCCGAUGAAGUGGUCUGUACACGGAUCUACGUACGAGGAUAGACAUCCUUCCACCCUUUAACCAACAAAUAACAUCUCAUCCACAAUAAUCUCUAUUAACAGUCAGCCUGUUGCAUUUUAUGUAAAUCAUCAUUUCACAAACAUACUUCUGCUUUAUUUCCUCCUUUUUUUGUAUAUAUUAAAAACACUGCAAAGUAAAA